ACCAUCACCAACACCACCGCAUUCUUUUCUCGCUGCCUAGACAAGGUAACAUACUUACUUGCACCAUUACCGUCGCCACCUAGAUUUUCAAGGCUGAGACUCGGACCAUCUAUUCCUAAAAUCAUAGACUUACGAACCGACUCCAAACAUGGCCGCCGAACAGCGCAAGCUGCUCGAGCAGCUAAUGGGUGACCAGUUCAUGGGCGCAUCCUCCUCAAGAACGGCAAACCUCACCCUGACAUCGCCGAACGUAUGCCGGUCCUAUCUCGUGGGCACAUGUCCUCACGACCUGUUUACGAACACGAAGCAAGACCUUGGUGCCUGUCCCAAGACGCAUCCAGAAAAUUUGAAGAUUGAGUAUGAAGGGCUGUCAGCCGCGGAGAAGCAGAAAUAUGGGUUUGAAUACGAUUACCUACGAGAUAUGCAAAAGUACAUCGACGAAUGCAACCGGAGGAUCGACCAGGCGCAGAGGAGGCUCGAGAAAACGCCGGAUGAGAUCAGACAGACGAACAACUUGCUCAAGACGAUAUCGGACCUGACCAAGACGAUCAACACGGGCCUUCUGGAGGUCAGUUGCCUGGCAGAGAUGGGGUCGGUGUCGUUGGCUUGCUCGGAAUUCUACAAAGUACGGACCGCAAAGGUUGCCAAAGAGCAGGCGGAGAGAGACUUGAAGGCGCUCUCGGAUACGAGUGGACCGUCGGGACACCAGAAGCUUCAAGUCUGUGACGUUUGCGGUGCGUACUUGUCAAGACUGGACAACGACCGGCGGCUCGCGGAUCACUUUUACGGAAAAAUGCAUCUUGGUUACGCCCAGAUGCGGAGGACGUACGAGCAACUGCAGAAGGAAUUGAAGGGACGACCUCCGCCGUCGCGACCGGAGGACAACAAUCCUUCCGGCCCGAGAGGCUACGACGACGGGGGUUACGGAGAUGGCGGUGGCUGGGGUCGCGGAGGAUACGGCGGCCGGGGUGGUGGUGGUUAUCGAGGAGGUGGCGGCGGGUAUGGACGACGAGGAAGAGGACGGUGGUAGCGCCGCGAUCGGGAUGCAUCAGCAUCGAAUCCCUCUGGCUCAGCUUUUCAUCGAAACGGUUUUAUCUCCCGGGCACGCGACGGAAGGUGCUCUGAUCUUCAAAUCGAAUAUACCAUGACAGGCAUGUCGAGGCACUCCAGCGACGCCAACUCCUCUGCUGCUCAACAAGAGCGAACCCUCCGAGUGAGGAACAUGUACUUUCGGAAAUUUGACAUAGCGAUGGCGUUCAGAUCAUGGGGGAAUGGACAUGGGUGGCGGAGUGGCAAUGUGGUCCAUUCGUACUUGUUUUGGUUUUACGGAAUAGCAUGUGGUCAAGGAAGGAUACAUGCAAAAGUUGAUACCCACAGACCUUGGUAUACAAGAGAAACC